AUGGGGAGGUUCACCACCAUCAAAUUUCCGCUGGGGAGGUUCAUCGCCAUCAAUCAGCGCGAGGGAUAUUCACUCCCAUCAUAUCACAGUGAAGGAGGUUCACCACCAUCAAAUCACCGCUGGGGAGGUUCACCGCCAUCAAUCAGCGCGAGGGAUAUUCACUCCCAUCAUAUCACAGUGAAGGAGGUUCACCACCAUCAAAUCACUGCUGGGGAGGUUCAUCGCCAUCAAUCAGCGCGAGGGAUAUUCACCCCAUCAUAUCACACGCGAAUAUUCACCGCUGUGAAGGAGGUUCACCACCAUCAAAUCAGCGCGAGGGAUAUUCACCGCCAUCAAUCAGCGCGAGGGAUAUUCACCCCAUCAUAUCACAGUGAAGGAGGCUCACCGCCAUCAAAUCAGCGCUGGGGAGGUUCAUCCCCAUUAAUCAGCGCGAGGGAUAUUCACUCACAUCAUAUCACAGUGAAGGAGGCUAACCGCCAUCAAAUCACCGCUGCGGAGGUUCAUCGCCAUCAAUCAGCGCGAGGGAUAUUCACUCCCAUCAUAUCACAUGAAGGAGGUUCACCACCAUCAAAUCACCGCUGGGGAGGUUCAUCGCCAUCAAUCAGCGCGAGGGAUAUUCACUCCCAUCAUAUCACAGUGAAGGAGGCUCACCGCCAUCAAAUCACCGCUGGGGAGGUUCAUCGCCAUCACUCAGCGCGAGGGAUAUUCACUCCCAUCAUAUCACAUGAAGGAGGCUCACCGCCAUCAAAUCACCGCGAUGGAGGUUCAUCGCCAUCAAUCAGCGCGAGGGAUAUUCAUUCCCAUCAUAUCACAGUGAAGGAGGCUCACCGCCAUAAAAUCACCGCGAAGGUCGUUCUCAGCUAUGAAAUCAGUUUGAUGAACGUUCACCGCCAUCAAAUCACCGGGAGGUAG